CAUUCAGAUCACAUGAUGUUGUGUGGUAUUUUGAGCAAGCUGUCUCUUCAAUUUAGCCCAAAGCUAUGGAUGGAAGCCUCUUGAUAAGCACACACCUUUCAUCCCUCUUUCCACAAUCUCGAGCGUUGUCGAUAUAUGUCGAAACACAACGGGUAGACGCACCGCUUUCUUCAAUUGAAAAAGAGUCGGAUCCAGCAGAACACGCUUUAUAUUCUUCGGUUCUCCAUACACCAUCUACCGGGACUGUCCUCUUCCGUGUUCUUCAUGGAGGAUUCAUUGUAGAGAUUGUCUCUCUAUCCACACAGAAUCAGCCUCUUCGAUUUAUCUUUCCCUCGCCGGUCCUCCUAUCUCCCGCCAUUUUUUUAUGGGGUAACGACGAAAUACAUCUAAUUACUGUCACUGUCACCGGAUCCGUUUACCGUGCUGUAAUUCCCGUUGGUGGUAGUCUCGAACUAUGGCGCAACCUUACCCAGAGCAUAUGGACCUCCGAAUAUCUUGUCAAGAAUUUUUCUGUCUCAAUGGAAGGACUGGUGCAUAUCCACGGUCCACAUUGUGUUUUCAUCGGCCAACCUAGUGGAUCUUUAAUGAGACUAGAAACUGAGUAUACAGGGUCAGGAAGGUCGGACGAUGAAUGGACAGAAUCCAUAUUCCAAACUGGAUCCUUUCUUUCAUCGUUCAAGUCUUUCCUGCCCACUCUAGGUGCUACGCACUCUCAUGCUUCAGAGAUCAUAUCCAUGGCCACGCAUCCUUGGCCCACAGACAUUGACUACGUCUGGACACUUUCGCGCGAUCGUGUACUAAGACUUUGGAAGCCAAGGAUAGGCUGCGUAGUUGCGAAAACGCUGUCACACGGAGUCGGAAGAGAAUCUUCGCCCAUCUCAGGGCGUUCAUCACCGGGAAAGCCUCAGGUGCUUCUGGACGCGGAACGUCAAACCUUAUUACGCGUAUUCUCCUUCACUGGCGAUGAUGACCACUUCUAUAUUCUCGCGUUUCUCCCCACUCUUUCUUCCCCUAUGUUUGGAGGCAGCUUCCAGCUGUUGGACACGCUCUCCGACCAAGUCAAUGAGGUCGGAGUUAUCCAAUGCUCUAGACAUACCGCACACUGUCAUUUGCAAGAUUUCAUGGUCAUAGGCAAUGUACUGUAUACGCUGUGGGAUCGUCAAGGCCAAUCGAUGGUUGAAAAGACAAUGCUCGACUUGAGCUCUGUAAGGAACAACGGGCUUUCUGUUUGGGAGAGUGCUUUGUGUGCCCCUGAGACGGAACUCACCCCAGCUAACCUUGAAGAAGUCCUGAUGGGCAAGGGUUCCAUGGCAGACAAGUAUUUCGACGCCGUCAUGAGGCCUAAUGUUUUUUCCACAUUAACGCUCCGCACCGCCAUUGAUCAAUACACUGAUGCUUGUCUGUCUCUCCCUGGGCCGCCCCCUAAUCCAUUGACCGUCACGUAUGCUUCUUUGGAAGAGAAUAUUGCUGCAGUUGUUGGGUGCACCGUCAAUCUGAAUAGAGACCCAAGCACUGGUGCCUUACAACACGACAAAUACUGGAAUGCAUUGAAAAGGGAUUGGGAAGGAUUCAUUGCUCGAUGCCGAGAAAUCGAACGGAGUGCGCGUUGGCCUCUCGUCCUCGGUGCUCAAGGUCAAGGUGAUGUCAUCGUCGUAGAACGCGAACGCAUCAGCGCUCUAGUGGCCGAAGACCUACCAAUUCACCUGCAUCAGGUCCUUUCUCAUGAUCUUCGAAUAGCGGACUCUCAGUACGACUUGUUUGGGAUUCUUUGGACUCUUCGGCACAAAGUAGGGGCGCAAACUAUGCUUUCCUUGGAAAGCUGUCUUGUUGAUCUCAUGCACCAAGAGAUUGCCUUUCCUUUUGCUGACAUUCUGAAAGACCAAGCUGGUCAAUUUCAUUUCAAAGAUAACCUGGAUGAAGGGGCUAGCCUUUGGCUCAGUGGUCGACUCGCGAGUAUAGACAGUAUAGAUGAGGCCGUCAGAACCUCUCUUGAUGUGAUAGGCGGCCUUGAUAUGGGUAUCAAAAGAGAAGAAGAUGAAGUUGAGCUACUUCUCCCCCGGCCAGAUUCUGAUUGGUUCAAAGGAUUAACAGCCUCGUACAUCAUGUCUUCAACCAACGCCAGAUAUGAAUUGUGUUUAUGCUUGAUGUCGCUUUUAUUUUUUCUUGUGGAUGACCUCUCUGACUGGGAUCCUUCACUAUUGGCAGAAGUAUUUGCGGUAUUCCGAGGGACCGCAACACUACGUUAUAUUAUUCAACAACCAUCUAGUGCUACAACUCAGACCCCACUUGAUGACGUUUCUUCAGCGGAUGACGUGGUAUCAUUGUUACAGAACAUGCAAGUGUCGCGCAACCGGAAUCAUUCUACUCCUACCUAUUCCCUUGUGCACCGUUUGCUUAUCCAGACCGGUGACACGAGCCACGUACUUCCCGGAGCGGCUCACCGCUUUCUCGACAAUACGGGUUUAUUGCAAUCCAUAACACCCGCAGUUGCGUCCAAAGCAGAGGUCUCCUUCUGUGAGAAGUUACGGGUCCUUGGAUACAUGCAUGUUUCUCGAGAAUUGCUCUCGUGGCUUCCUCGAAGCCCUGGUGUUUCUUAUGUUCUCUCGCGUAUAUGGCUAAACGCUGGCCGGGUAGAUGAUGCCGCAUUCAUCCUCGAAAAGCUCGCUGGCUGCUUUGGUCCAGACAACGCUCUUGGACAAGAAGACCGUGAUGCAUUACAGAACGUGUUACCCUCUUCUCAGUUGUUCGAUUCAUCAUACUCGUUUUACCUCUAUAUGGCUACCCUCUUCAAAUCGAACUCUCUACAACACUACGAAGUUCAUUUUACACAGCUCGCGCUAUCUGUUGCCCCUUCAAAUACAGAUACUUCUUUCCUAUGGCAUACAGUUGUCCGGGGAUACAUAGAUCUGGGAUUAUUUGAGGAGGCUUACGCUGCUUGGAUUUCAACACCGUCAGAUACUCAAAAACGCGAACACAUUAGCCGAUUGGUAUAUCGCAUGUGUGAAAGUAACCAAGUGGACAAAUUGCUUUCUCUCAACUUCGCUACUUACGCAGAUGAAGUUGAAGAUGCUCUAUCGUUCAAAGCUCGUAAUGCGGACCCUUUGAUUCGCCCAAGCUACCCGCACAUCUUGUAUUCAUGGUUCCUUUCACGCGGCGAUUAUCGCAAUGCGGCCUCAAUUAUGUACCAAAGGGCGCGUAAACUUCAGGGACUUAUGACCAGAGAACCAUCCCUGGUGACCCGUUUGGCCGGCGAACAAUUAGAGGCAUAUAUGAUUGCCAUGAAUGCUCUUUCGCUUGCUGAUCCGAAGAAUUUAUGGUUUCUUUUGCCGGGCUCCGCCGACGCAACAAAUGAGCAUAAAUCUCUAAUCACGAGAAACAUCCCGGAAUCUAGAUAUUCCUUAGGAAAGCACGAAAAUGAAAUUAUUCAAUUGUCAGAUAUCCAGUACGAGUACACGCUGUUAUCUGCACAGAUUGCUGUCAUACCUGCCUUGCCUUCCUUGACGGAAAUUUUACCUAUUCCAUCUUCCAUUAUAUUAAAAUUGGCCCAAUCCAACCGGUUCAAUAUGGCUAUGGCUACUGCUCGCAGCCUCGAAGUUGAUAUGACAGAUUUGUUUGCCCAUCUCACAAUUCAAUGUUUGAGGCUUUCUCAUAAUCCCGAUGUCGUUGUGCAAGAAGAUACUUCGGAUUGGCUUCUGACUGAUAAUGUAUCAACAUGGCCUGGUACUCCCGCUGAUAAGGGCUGGAGGUAUAUGCGAGAAUCACUCAGGCGGCACGAUGGGAUUGAGACUGAUUUCAAGUACUCGAAGAUCACACUCGAAACGAUCCUGACUUUUCAAUUAUCUCCUCCUCCCUGGCUAAUACAAGUUUUAGAGGAUUAUCAUCACGAAUAUCUCAUUAGAGUUAGUUUACGGUUUGGAAAUCUUGAACAAGCCGUUGACCAUACAUUGUCACUCAUUCGAAAAACUGAAAGCCGACUCGCUCGAGAAACUCCAAGAAACGCUGGCUCAAUGUGGCUUCCCUACACCCUCAUCGAUCAAGUGCUAGUGAGCGGAAUAGCACAAGAACCAUCACCUCCUCGACUUUCUGAGCUACGCAUGGAGGUUACCAAUCGAGUAAAGCGUAUGCAAAAAUACAUCCCGAUUCGUUCUUGAACUGUUUAGUAGGAUCUGUCAUGAUCUCUCAACGAUUCUAUUGAAUCGUGUGUGUACAUGUCUUUUAAUAUUUCAUGUUGGAGAGAAAGUAGAUAGACGAUAAACACAUCAAGAUUGCUCCAGACAUACAAUGCGUGGGUAGGGCUACAAAGGACGUACGAUAGCAGCGCGACGAGAGCAGAAACACGAAAGCAGAUAU